ACGAUUUGAGAGUUUUAUUGAUUUACCUUUUCCAGAAAUUUCAGCAAAUACAAAAAGAAAAAAAAGGACAAAAAAUAUAUAUUUUUAUUCAAUAAAAGGAUAAAAUACAAUACAACCAUGAGUAGCAAACUCAAACAUGAAGACAAAAAAGAAAAGAUGAUAACCAUACCUCGAGUAUUACUGUUUUUAUUGAUACUAGAUAGGUAAUUAAUCUUACUAUUUUUAAAGUGUGAUAUUGUUGAGGCGUUUUUAACCACUGUGCAAAAUGUAUUCAAUUUACUUGCUCCACAUACUGAUCCACAUCACUCCUUUAGAAGUUUUGUCUUGCCACCUACUCCGGUUCAGUAGGUGGCGCUACUACGUCAUCCAGCCGUCUGCCACCCGCUAGUUUGGCCGCAGAAGAAGGAGGAAAAUCUGUCUGUCCCCUUUAGGAUCCGUAAUAAAAACACACACCGUUAGCUUAGCUGAUGUGCUAGCCACCGGGACCCCCAAAGAUUCCCUUCCCGCGGUUUCUUCAGAGUUCGUGAACCGGCGGCUGAAGGCUGGAGCUCGGAAAACAUUCAGAGUUUAGGACCGCCGCCUCCGUCUGACCGCCGGGGUCCAGACCGCCAUCGGGUCUGCGCCCAGCAGUUUGUUUGUUUGUUUCCUCCAGACCGGACCUCUCUGGUUCUGUCCAAACAGCAGAUUUCUAAUCACAGGUCCAGAAUGGACCAGGAGACGCAGACGUGUCCUCCUCUAACUCGGAAGGUGGAGGAGGAGUUUUCUCUGAAGCAGGAACCUGAAACUCCUGAAGAGAGUGAAGCAGAGGAAAGCAGUGAGGAGGAUUCUGAUCCGGGAAGCAGUCGGAACCGCCUGUGGGUCCAGAGAGGAGACGGCUCCGAGUGCCGGUGGAGCGGCGGCGGCGAGGAGGCGCUGGACAGCGACGAGCCGCUCAGCCCUCAGGAGGAACCAGACCUGGUGGUGAUCAAGGAGGAAGAAGAGGACUUCUUCGUGGACCAGCCGGAGGAGCCGCUCACCCUGAAGCAGGAGUUCGGGACUCUCGUGGUAGCACGACCCGAUGAGGGGAAUGACCCGGAACCCGCUCACGCUCGGCUCCUCUUUGGCUCCUCCCCCUCAACUAAGAGGAAGGAUGAAGGACGACGCAAAAGCUUAACUCCACACAGGAUCUUUGUCGGAGAUACAUCAAGUAAACAGAACUCACAAACAGGUAAACAGGUAAACCAAACUCCCGGCAGCGCCGCCGGACCCGCCCCCGCGCCGCAGAGCCUCGAACACGACGCUUGUGGGAAGGCGUUUCUGUGCGACAAGUGCGGCAAAGGCUUCCGGCAACAAGGCCAUUUGAAUUCCCACAUCCGGGUCCACACAGGCGAGAAGCCUUACCUGUGCAAGACCUGCGGGAAGAGCUUCUCCCAGUCCUCCGUGUUUCGGAACCACAUCAUGAUCCACACGGGCGAGAAGCCCUUCUCCUGCAACGUGUGCGGGAAGCUGCUGCGCUACAGCAGCAGCCUGACGGGACACAUGAAGAUCCACACCGGCGAGAAGCCGUACGUCUGCAAGGUGUGCGGCAAGCGCUUCUGCCACAGCAGCGGCCUGGUGUCCCACACGCGCAGCCACACCGGCGAGAAGUCCUACUCCUGCCAGGUGUGCGGCAAAAGCUUCAGCCACAACAGCACGCUGCUGCGGCACACCCGCACGCACACCGGCGAGCGGCCCUUCGCCUGCCAGACCUGCGGCAAGCGCUUCAACAACAACAGCCACCUGACCAUCCACAUGCGGACGCACACCGGCGAGAAGCUCUUCUCCUGCGACGCCUGCGGCAAGAGCUUCAGCCACAGCAGCACGCUGCAGCGGCACGCCCGCAUGCACACCGGCGAGAUGCCGUCCUCCUGCAAGGUCUGCGGGAAGCUGUUCCGGUACAGCAGCAGUCUGGCCAGACACAUGAAGAUCCACGCCGGCGAGAAGCCGUAGCUCCGCAGAGUCUGCGGGGAAGCAGGCGGGACUGCGCAGACGGGCAGGAAGCCGUUCUCCUGCGGCGCAGAGCGUUUCUGCUGGAGGACACGUACAAACGGCGUUUGAAACUAUGACGUUUGGACGACUAUAUUUACUCCACGUUAUCUAUAAAUAACUCCAAAGUGAAACAGAAGAGAACCAGAAUCUGAGUUCAGGUGAAGGGUCACAGGAGAAGGUGGAGGAUCUGAGGGAGAAGGUGGAGGAUCUGAGGGAGAAGGUGGAGAUAUGGAGAAGAUAAACAUCCUGGAAAUCAUAAAUAUUUUGAGAUGCUUUCUGAAAUGAACGAGGAACCAGACGAGUUCUGGGCAGAACUGAAUCGGGUCACAGAGUUCUGGACCUGCUGGUGUUUCUGGAGGAGUUCUGGUGAAAGAGCUGCUGGGUCGGUCCAUCACUGCUGCUUCAUGGAUCUCCUGUUUGUCCUUCAUCUUCUCUCCCGGCAUUCGUCCUUCUUCCUCCCACAGAUGUUCCGUUAUUUUGCCGUCAGGCUCCUCAGACUCCAGCGGUCAUAGCAGACGCAGCCGUCUCUGGACCUGGUUGGCGUUUCUUCUCAAUCUUCCGUUUAGAGGAUGUUUCUUUCGGUCCCUCAUUUCGUGGUGAGAGGAUCUCAGGAUGUUGUUCUUCAGGACGACUGGACUUUGAGAGGUUUUCGUUUUCCUCGGAGCAGCUCCUUCACUUCUGACUGAUCUGAAGAAGACUCCUGGAUGAGAAGAUGAAGAUGUUCUGGAUCACCCUUUAAAGUCCAUUUAUCCUGUAAAUACCAGACCUGGAUGACCGUAGUAAUCUGGGUUUAUUGGAGUUCUCUAGACGGGAUUAUAACAGUAAUAAUCUGAUGUUCGUCAUCAGUCUGGAUUGAAUAUUUAAUCAAUCUAAUAAAAUGAAACCAUCAUUCUUGUUGAGAUCAAACAGCAUUAAACACUUUGAUGUGUUUUCUUUAUGUUAACACAGUGAUAACAUAAUAAUCUCUUGUAUUCUGAGGGAUUAUAAUAAUUAGUUUUAUUGUUGGCAGAAAGUUACUUUAGGUUUUUAUUUUUUAAGUUAGACUGUAGACUUUUCUGUCACUCUGUCUAAAUGAAAACACUAUUAGAAGAUCGUUGAACACUGAGAUGCUCUCAUGAUCUGUUACUGUAGUUUAGUUUUUUAUUGGCAUCUCUUUAGGUUUAGUAAACAUUUAUUUUGUUUUGGGAGAAAUAAAGCUGAAAUAAAUCUGUUUGAA